AAAACAACCCACUUUUGGGUAGUUCCGGUUUUUAGUGAAAGAACCGAAGGAACAAAUUUGGCAAACUUCAAAAAUUAUUUUUAUUUCAAAUUAUUUCAACAAACUGUAAAAUAAUAAAUUCAAUCAAGCCUAAUUACAGUGAUUGAAAUGCAAAGAGUGACUCGCAAACGCAAGCUGGCCCAGGAAGCCUUGAAUAACACGGAGUUGAAUCGAGCAACAAGAGCCAAACACCAAACUGAAUCGGAGGAAGAUCCUCCGCCACCUGGACCAUCCACGGUUUGCUGCUACUUGUGUAAAGAUUCUUUAGGAGUGAAGCAACCGAUUCCCGAGGAAUUGGAUAGUGAUCAAACAAAUCCCACUGUUUUGGAUAAAAUUAAAACAUGCAUCGGUUGGGAGGUGUUACCCGAAUUUGACCAGACAAGUCGAAUAUGCCGACCGUGUAUUCGCAAGCUUGACGAGCACUACAUGUUUAGGAAGCAAGCGCUUCAAUGCAACGAAUACGCCCAGAAUCAGAUGGCCGAGGACGAAGCCGAAGUGGUUGACGCCCCGACAGAGAUACGAGUUUGCCGUUUGUGUUUAAAAAUUGGCGGAAAACUUCUGGACUUGCAUCCGAGGGCCGGAACAGCCGAUCAGCAGAAACUUACGAAGAUUCGCGACGCGCUCGAUAUUGAGAUAAAUUCUUUGGAUGCGGUUACAAAAAUUUGUCGAGUCUGUGUUCAGAAAGUCGACGACUUUCUAGCCUUUCGUCAGAAUUAUCUUCCAAUAACGGUGUUUGUAAAACAGGAGAGCGACCCAGACGCGUCGUCAUAUUCAACAAACCCACCCGAGGUAAAGAAGGAAACACCGGAGUGCGACUAUAACGUGGCUUUGGAACUAUCAGUUUCAGAUUCGGACUGUUCAGUCGAUGCUAACGAGGGAACGGAUCCUUUGGUGGGAAGCAAGCCUCCAAUUGGCGUGAUUCGUCCUGAAGUUUUGGAACUUAUUACGGCUGAUGUAAAAGGAAGAAAUUUCAGUUGUGAGAUGCACAAACGUGCGAUCGUAAUCUUUGAAGGCUAUCACUAUCGAUACUUUUCCGAUCGUGGCAGUGAUGGAUCUUUGUGGGUAUGCACAGAAAGGAAACUUCAUUCGUGUCUAGUAAGCCUAAACGUUGAUUUGGCCUGUCAUCGCGCUUCGUUGGUUGAAGAUAGCACAAAACAUACCCAUCCGAAGGAGACCGCUCCGCUCAUGAAGUGUCCACCUGGAAAGGGUUUCACAGAGUUCGGUGGUUGUCAGGUGCCGUAUUGGUUCUUUUAUGAACAGCAACCGACAAGCAAGGGCACCCGAAGUAUCAUUUUAGAAGGGCAUAGAUAUUCUUUAAAUGUGAUUAAAAUUAAUGGCACCGUUAGCAGAUGGUUUUGCAUCAAGCGUGGUGGACACAGCAAAUGCAGGUGCGUUCUGGAUAUUGAUGGAUUAUUUGAGAGUGUUACCGUCAAAUAUAUGCACAAUCAUAACCCAAUAUCGCAAAAGGAUAUUGAUGUCGUUUUGAACAAAUUCGGGAUUCGGGAUUCAACGGAGGCAAUCCGUGCCUUUCAAAGACAAGUUGGGCCGGCACAAAAAGAAUCGGUAAAUGUUUCGAUAAGAGAACAACUACUGAGUGCUGCAAAAUCGGUAACGAAGGAGAGAGAUCCGGACAUCUUUAAAUUGCUCAACUUAGAAGAUCCGGAGAGGGAAUUCGAAUGUUUGCAAGCGGGUGCUAAAAUAAAGAUCAGAAAGAACUGCUUUGAAUAUAGAUACUAUGGUAGACAAGAAGAUGGCUCGACACUGUGGAAAUGUGUUUUUGAUUCGUUGUUCCAUUGUAAGCAAAUAGUUAAAGUAGACGAGAAUGGAAAAACUCUGGAGGCGUUUUUAGGAAGAAAGCACAGCCAUAAAACGGAAUUAGUUGAGUUGUUCCGUUUUAGACUGGGAAAAAGAAUGGUAGGAAAAGAACCACUGUGGAUGGUCCCACGUUUUAACAUGUACUAUGAUAGCCGAUGCGUGGUAUACAGAGAUAACGUUUACAUAAUCAUGGAUAUAACCCGUAAUAAUGUGGUACGUUGGCAGUGCUUGAGGAAGCAUUCAUGUCGGGCAAUCCUCAUCACUAAAGGAGACUUCGCAGAAAUAUCCCUUCGCAACGACCAUACCCAUGAGAAUACCCCGCAAAGAAUUUUGUCAAAACUCAUUGAAGGCCACGAGCCAACAACAGAACCAAAAACUGAUCUAACUUUCAAACAAAGAUUGUUGUCUUAUCCAUCGACGGUUAGACAAAUUUGGAACGAAACUACCCAACAAAACGAAACGUUUUACUUCUUGAAAACACCUAAAACCGGAGAAAGGGUUGGCUGUGGACUGGUAUUCCAGAAAUAUCGUUAUGUUUUAACAUCUGUGGAUCAAAACGAAACGAGUCAUUGGCGUUGCAUGAAAAAUAGCAUCAAGGGAGACAAAUGUAAGGCAUUUGCUAUCAUCGAAGGCUUAUACGGAUCGAUUUGUAUUUUAGAGGAACACAAUCACGAAGCGAUGCUUGAUUCAGAGUUCGAUCUGAUGAUCAAAAAGAGUGUCAACGAAUUUGACAAAGUUCAAGCGAUGAACAGUUUGGCUACGCUAUCGGAAUCAGACACCGGGUCUAAAAAUGUGCUACUCCCGCUUACGCGGCAAGAUCACGACAGAAAUUUUGAAGUUUUGAGACUAAAAUCCAAGCUGCAUAUUCGUUACGAAGGAGCAGAUUUUCGACUAAAAUCCAGCGAACCUAAUGGAAGUAGUUUGUGGAGUUGCAUUUGGUUGAAGAUGCGUGCUUGCCCGGUUACGCUUAGUUUGAGUACCGACUGCAAACAAGUUGCUUUGAUAGAUGCCAAAAAAGAGCAUAAUCAUUCUGAAGAAGACAUAGCCAUUUAUCAAUUGGAAUUUGGAAAAGGACGAAUUUACGAUGAGAACCGACGUCUCUACUCCUGGUAUUGGCUUUUUGGUGUCCCUGGUACUCGUAAGUGGCGCGGCAUUAUCUACAAAAGUCACAAAUACUCCCUCGAAGUUAUUAGAAACAACCAAAAUUCCACAUGGAAGUGUCGAACUAAUAAUUGCAAGGCUUACGUGCGCAUUAAAGGGCCAUUGAAGUUUUUGUUUCACAGUAAUCAGCAUUCCCACGACUGCCUAUCGCAUGAUGAAAUACUAAGCAUAACGAACUUAGCAGAAGUAGAUCAAGAUUUGUUGGAAGAUAAUACUGCUCUUGAAACAGUCGUUGAGCCAGAUGAUCACGAACCACUUAGUAAAUCUUAUUUAUUACAUCAACUAUCGAUGAACGAUCCGGACCGCAAUUUCCUUGUUAUGAUCCAUAAUGCUCAAAUGAAAAUCAACCAACACCAAUACGAAUACCAUUACCAAUCGUCCACUAAGACCCACUCCUUAUGGAAGUGCGUCUACUCCUCAAUUCGGAAAUGUCGAGCCAAACUUCACCUAAGUCUCGACUGUAAAACUGCAUCUCUGCCAAGAAUCCCUCAGCAUAACCACCAAGAUAAAGUAUGGGACAUGUUCUACUACCCGCUGGGAAAACACACCAUUAUGGAUUCUUACUCGGAAAAGGUACAACCGUUUUGGUUCCUAAUGCAGGCAACAUUUUUGCGACAGUAUCCGAUGAUGAUCUACGAAGGCAACAAGUUCACUCUGGCGUCUAUCACCGAAAACGGCGACAGCAGCCGGUGGCGAUGUAUUGCACGUUUCUGCCGGUUUACCUUGACCAUCACUGGUCUUUUUGAACUGGCAGUGCCGGGAGGUAAACCUCAUAACCACGAUCCCCUAUCGGAGCAGAAGCAAGCACAGUGGAUUCGUCUCUUCGGGACGCCCAAAGGAGACGGGCCAGGAACGGGAGACGGCGACGGUACGAUGCCAUUCGCUAAGGUAGAGAUAGUUGACGACAACAUGACGGAUUAUGAAGAGGAACUGUGAGAAUGUGCUAAUAUUUUAAAGGAAAAAAAAAGAAAUGGUAUAUCAAUAAAAAUGGUUUACUGAUUUUCAUUUA